AUGGCGAGCGCACAGGAGGCAGAAGAGAUCAUCCAAAGCCUGAGCGGCCACAGUGCUCUGCUGGGAAAACACGUUGAGAAAAGCGCAAAGAGACUGUUGUACGAACUUCUCCGGUACGCCAACGAUAAAACCUUUACCAGAGCCAAGGCAGAAGACAACUCUCCAUUCAUCACCUUCAAGAUCUAUCCCGACAGAAUUGUUUCCGACUGCAAUAGCGACGCCCUGACCAAAGAAGACCUCCGAGCUAUUUGCCAGCCAGCCAACAAAGAAAAAAUAAACAAAGCCAACUUCAAAACAAUCGUCGCCGCUACCAAGAGGACUCACAUCCAGUCCGGGAAUUUCUCGUUCGAACUCCAGCACAAUACCUCCGAUCAUGACAUUAGCGACAUUAUGAGACCUACCUGGGUAACUCCCGCCCAAACCGUCCCUGAUAACGUCACACGCAUCACCCUCUAUCUUCACGAUCAAGGCAGAAAGGACGAGAUCCAGGGUUUAAGAGAGAUCAUCAUAUCUCAAUUCCAACGCCUUGGGCCGGAAUCUAUCCUUUUCUUGAAAAAUAUACUGUCUAUCAAGGUAGAGUCCCGUCAGCUUGUGGACAUACCUCGAUCCAGGCAUUUCGAAAAGGAAACUAUCGACGAAUACCGAGUGUCUGUGAAAGUCACCACUGUUGAGCGGAAACACAGUGAAGAGGAUAUACAUACUGAACUUUUCCAUGUGACGGGGAGGUCGCAGCCAUCAACUGGUUUGACAGCGAAUCUUACGUUGGCCUUUCCCUUAACGACUGAUUUCGAGGUUAAAAUAAAACUCGGUCCAUUGAAAAAGUUCAAUAUUGACCCACUGGACGAAUGUAGGAUUAAGUUCCACAUUCACACAGACAAUGAUAUCGACAAUGACGAGUAUAGUUACAUUAUGCCUAGAUUCUUCAGAAGCCUAGACUUUGAACAUGACGUCGCAGAUUUAUUCAUCAAGGCUAUUUUGCAGUUCUCCGAGCACCCAACUCUUCGGUACGGCUGGCCGAGGUUCCUCCCCGGCAUGUACCCAGAUUCCAUCUUUCUUCAUGAUAUUAUCCGAGAUUGGAUAUCCCAGAAUCCUGUGUUCUUAUCAAGACACACGAAACAAUGGCGUCUUCUCCAUCACCUUGCUUCACCAGGCCCUGAUGCUCAAGACGACGCUGGAAACCCGUUGCUGGACGAUGAGAUUAAUGACCUGUUUCUUUCGAGCAAGUAUCCUCCAGAGGUGACCCAGAUCUUGAGAGACUAUGGACUCGCAGAUCUUAGCAACGCUCAAUGUCUUGAUCUGCUGAAAGCUCAUCUUACCCAUUCCAAUUUGCGUUGGCAUAAGAAAAGUUGGACCAAAGAGUGGCACACUGCUUUGGCUAAACUCAUUUCGAAACUUCUCGAUGAUGAUGAGUAUUCAGAAAAGGUCAAAUCACUUCGUAUCUUACAACUUGAAGAUGGCAGUUUGGUAUCAGCAGUCUCUCAACCAGUCUAUUUCCCCUCAACGGGAACCUUUCUAAUCCCUGAGACUCUAGACUUGGCAUUUAUCAGGGAAUCUAGAAGUCAUGGACGUUACCCAAAAGCACUAUAUCAGCGGCUUGGGGUCAUGGAGGCGUCUAUUGUCCAGGUGAGAGAAUUGAUCUUUGAGACAUUUUCUAAAGAACUUUCACUCGAUGAUAUCAAAAGUUACCUUCAUUAUCUAUACCUCACCCAUCAUUCUUUCAAAACCAUGGACGAACAGCAGUACAGCGCAGUGAGGGUUAUGAAUAUGGAUAAGAAGAUGAUGAAGCCUCGCGAUAACAUCAUUUACUUGCCAGGAACGGAACAUCCUUAUACUCCACAGAGUCUCCUUGGAAUGGGCAUGUUUGGGUUGAGCCAUCCGAUCGACUACUUACACCCAUACCUUCUUGAGAAUGCACCAAACCAACCUGAAGUCUUUCAUGUACCCUGGAGGAAGUGGUUGUGUGAUUGCCUUGGUCUGAAGGACAGACUAAGUCUGAUUGCUGAUCAGCCAUCUGAACCCGGGACCGAAAAGACGGAACUGUUGUCUGAGAGCUGUAAAUAUGUUCUCAAGAAUCGACCAGACAGAUUUCUGGGGUGGAUUCAACACAUUUGGGCUUUUGAGGGGUCUCAAAUCACGGAAAAUCAAGCCCUGUUAUCAGAGAUUCGAGAACUCCGUGCAGAAGGCCUCUGCGGCUUGGACCGUCCUAUGCUUCUUGACGACACAUGGCUCCCCCAUCCAAAUCUCAAAGAUACUGUGGCCCGUUAUAUGAAAUAUCCCGAAACCUUUCCGUUCCUGAAACUUGGAGAAGACAAAUAUGAGGGUCUGGCUAUCACUACCAAAUGGUCGUUUCUCACACAGCACUUUGGCGUCAAACAGGACCAGGAUCUGGAUUUUUUUACUACAAUUCUGGAUUCUAUUAAGCGCUCGCGCAAGACGAUCACAGCUUCGCAGGUGAAAAACAUUUACGAGUUAUAUUCUGUCAUAAAAACAAGGUUUCUGGUCUGCUCUGACGACGAAAAGCGGCGCGCAGUGAGCUUCUUCAGAAAUUCGGGUAUUUUAUACGGAGAUAGUAGAGUACCCUGGAACGGCACCUUCUGUUGUCACUGGAAAGCGCCUAAUAAUACAAUGAAUCGGCGUUCUCUCAAGAGUUUUUACGAAAGAAACGUUCUUGACAAGAAGACUUUGCAAGAUAUUUCGCAUUUAUUCCGUGUCGUAUUAAGCAUACCAGAUGCCACCGCGGGAGAUUUGGUGGAGGAAUUGCGUGUUCUGCGAGGCGAUGGCUGUAAGAACAUAGCUCGGAUUACGAAAAUUUACAACUAUUUGGACAAGGAGAUAAAUUCAUCACCUGAAUUGAGGACUGCCUUUGGCGAAGACAGAGUUAUCUUAUUGCACAAUGAUAAAGAUUCGAAAUGGCUUCCCGUCAAGGAAUGUUUCUGGUCUGAGUCAGAAAUCACACCGACAAACUGUAGCCUUAAGAAAUGCUACCCGGGCUUAAAGAACUUCUUUGUCGACAAACUGGGUAUCCGAAUAUCUUCUUACGACAAACUCGUUUAUUCCACUUCAACCGAUGUGGAAGAAGUGAAGACAACCAUAUUAUCAUUCAUGGAUCAAGCAAAGUUUCUCCACAAAUACCCAUCAGAACUAAUGAAGGCAGCAAAGAUCUUCCCCGUGCAACGCCCUACUGGGGAGGGUCAGCCGCCGAGUCCCGUUGAACUAUGCUCUCUUGACACAGAGUUUGCUAUUGGGGACCGCGAGUACUUAAGGAAGGCAAUGCAGUCUAGCAUCAAGAUGCUAAGCUUCGACGUCACAGAGGUGAGACGGCUACAGCCUCUUUUUAAGUGGCUCGGGAUUGAGAAUCGAUACCUCUCUGUACUGGUGGAAGAGAGAUUGAAUGCUACUUCGCGAUACACUUACGAAGAAUUGAAACUAGGUUCCAAGGCAUAUCACAUUGCUCGUGUUGCUGAAGCAUUCAACCACUACGGGUCCUUCAAAGAUGCAUUCUCGUUAUAUCAGAAACUACGGACAGCAAAAUUUGUGAAAAUCGAUUCCAUCUUGACAUAUAUGGUAGUAGUCCAAGAUGAUGAGAGAAUCAAGUCAAAGGGUUCGCCAAAGACGCUUGCGCAUAUCUCCUCCGAUUUCGACGGAGAUAUCACUAUUUAUGUGGACUACAACGACAACAACAAGCAGCUGUGCCUUUUCUCGGUGUUGCCUAGGAAGAUACAACAAUGGCUGAUGCAAGACAAAGGGCGAAGUUGCGAUUUCGAAGUCACCAACGCCCUAACUUUGAUCUUUGCUAGUGAUGUCGCCAUCUUGGAUGAGGUUCUCGAAGAUCAAGGUAUAGUCAAAGUCUCUUUCGAGAAUCUUGACAACGAUGAGGUAACGACCAAUGGAGGGGCAUAUCAAUCGCUGGUGAAGGCAGAGGAGCCUGUUACUUUGACCAUACGGGAACGAUAG